GGAUGCAGAGAAAAAAGUAAAAGGGUUCUUGUUUUGUUCUGGAGAAAAAUUCAAUGACUUGUCGAUAACCUGCCGAAGACAUUUCCCAAUGCUGAUGCAGUUUCCUCAUUGUAAACUAUUUAUAGGCCUAAGCCAUUGCCAGUUUGAAUGAAGCAUCGUCUGGUUUAAAAUGAACUGCUUUCAUUUGGAUGAUUUUUUAGCUGGAUGGAUUGGUGGGGCCUCCAGUGUUAUUGUUGGACACCCUCUUGACACAGUGAAGACACGACUUCAGGCAGGGAAAGGAUACAAAAACACAUUACACUGUGUCCUCACUAUCUACCGAAAAGAAACAGUUUCGGGUUUCUUUAAAGGCCUGUCCUUCCCACUGGCCAGCAUCACCGUCUACAAUUCAGUGGUCUUCGGCUUCUUCAGCAACACACAGCGGCUCAUAAGCAAGUAUCGCUAUGGCGACGGCAGGCACCCCUCGGGCAUGCUGGACCUGACUGUGGCCAGUAUGCUGACCGGCCUGGUGUCCGUGGGCCUGGGAGCGCCAGUCGACCUGGUCAAGAUCAGACUGCAAAUGCAGACCCAGCCUCUCCUGGCAGAAAACUUCCACCUGGCAGGGAGCGGGAACGGCAGUGGGAGCAUGCCGGUGGCGGUACAGCUGCAGUCCCAGCCGACGUACCGCGGGCCCCUGCACUGCAUCAGCAGCACCCUGCAGACGGAGGGCCUGGCGGGCCUGUACCGCGGGGCGGGCGCCAUGGUCCUGCGUGACGUGCCCGGGUACACCCUCUAUUUCAUCCCGUACGCACUGCUCUGCAAUUGGUUCAGUCCUGAGGGCAGUGCCUCGCCGCACCCAUGCUCCAUCUGGCUGGCAGGAGGACUGGCAGGUUCCAUCUCGUGGGUGACGGCCACUCCGGCUGAUGUGGUCAAGAGCCGACUGCAGGCUGACGCUAUGCACCAAAGGAAAUACAAAGGCAUUCUGCACUGUAUCACGCACAGCUACAAGACAGAGGGAAUACAUGUUUUCUUCCGUGGGGCCACAGUGAAUGCUAUUCGAGGAUUCCCAAUGUCUGCGACCAUGUUUCUCACCUAUGAACUCUCUCUGAAGUUUUUCCGGAGCCUGUAGACUCCUUUCCAAUUCCGUCUUUGCUUAGUGGAUUUAAACCUUGCUUUUCAACAAUUGCCAUGGCUACUCAUAUCACAAGGAAUUACGAGGGAAUUAUUAGGUCAUAUUAUGGCUUCAAUUAUAGACUGAUAAUUAAUGUAUUAAAAUCAUAGUAUUUUUGUAAUCGCUGGUUCAUUUCUUAUAUUAAGAAAGAUUAUAUGUUUAUAUAUGUACAUAAAAAAGUUUGUAAGCAUGUUUUAUAUGUUACCUCACUUAAAUCUUUAUUUGUGGUUUUACUCAAAUGUCUUGCUCUUAGUAUAAGUAUUGAGUCAGUACUAUACUAAUGUUGCAGGGAGUCACUUGCGCUUUAGCCUGGUUGGUGCUCACAGAACAGGACGCAGAAGUCAAAAGGGGAGAUCCAAGGUCUAACAAGAGCCAAGGAGCAGGACCGGAGCACUCAAUGCUUUAAGUGAUUUUUAUUAGCCUAGUGCAAACCAACUAAUGUUUCAACGCCCAUAAAAAUCACUUAAAGCAUUGUGUGCUCCGGUCCUGCUCCUUGGUUCUUGUUAGACCUUGGAUCUCCCCUUUUAUACUAAUGUUGCAUUGUGUUUUAAGGUUACCAGUAUGUAUGUCAUUGAAAUGUACUGAACGCAAAACACUUGAGCUACUUGAUAACAACAAUAAGUUAUAUGUACAUGUUUUUACUGUUUGCAAAUAACCAACAUCACAAUAAAUAAUAAACAAAUCAACAUGA